AUGCAAAAAUGUGUAAUUCACGAGGAAACAUCGCUGUUACAGGAAACUAAACAAGCCAAAUAUGUCAUAAGAGUAAACAGCAGGUCUGAGAAAAUCUAUCUUCUGGGCUCACUUUAUAUUGGUGUUUUGUUGGCCGCUCUGGACGGAACUGUCGUUGCGUCCCUUCUUUCUCACAUAGCAUCCGAACUCGGGAACCUUUCGUUUGCGCCUUGGAUUGCAAGCUCAUAUAUGAUGAUGAGUUCCGCUUUUCAACCACUUUUUGGCAAAUUGAGCGACAUAUUUGGAAGAAAGCGCUGUCUACUUACAUGCCAUUUUCUAUUUGCGCUUGGAAGCUUACUUUCUGGCCUCUCAAGUGGUGUUAGUCUCCUGAUAGUGGGUAGAUGUGUACAGGGAAUUGGCGGUGGAGGCUUGAUUGCGUUGAGCAGCAUUGUCGUCAGCGAUAUGACGCCUUUGCGAGAUCGUGGAUUGUAUCAAGGAAUCGCUAAUAUUUCUUUCGGAAUUGGAGCAUCUAUGGGAGGAAGCUUUGGUGGCAUCAUAAGCGCAAAGUUUGGAUGGAGAUACGCAUUUUUGGGCCAAAUAGCGAUUUCACUUUCGGCUGUUACUCUGGUUUACUUGAAUCUGAAUGAGUCGAGUUCGGGAAUGAAAGAUAGCGUUUGGUCUGAGCUUGGACACGUCGAUUUUCUGGGCAGUUUCUUCCUGUUAAGCUCAUUCACAUGUUUCUUUUUGGUACUGAAUUUAGGCGGAGCGUAUGUUCCUUGGAGAAGCUCCCAGAUAGGACUUCUGAUCAUGCUCUUCUUAAUUCUUUCCGUGUGCUUCCUAAAAGCAGAGCAGAGAAGCCCCGACAAGGCUGUUAUCCCGUUCAGGAUAUUUCAAGGCGUUACAGAAUGUCUGUGUUUCAUCCUGAGUUUUCUGUCCUCUAUGGCAGCAUUCACAUACAUUUUCCUUCUUCCAAUCUUCAUAGAGAUUGUUCUAGGGAAAAGCGCUUCAUCUUCGGGCUCGAUCCUCGCUGUAAAUUUCAUGGGCGUCAUGAUCGGAUCUCUUGGAUCUGGACUGAUAGUAAAAGCUACCUGCAGAUACAAGAUACUACUGCUUGCAUGCGGAUUGAUAUACAUCUUAAGCUGUUGUAGUCUCUGCUCCUUUGGUUUAGCGACAAGUACAGCAGUGCAGGUGAUCACUGUCUGUGGCCUUGGUCUCGCUUAUUCUAGUUUGGUGACGAUUUCCUUAAUUGCAUUGAUGGCAUCUGUGCCUAAAGAUCUGCAGGCGGUUGGUAGCUCUGUGUUUUACGCUUCUCGUGGGUUUGGAUCUACUGUGGGCGUCGCAGUUUCAUCGUCCAUAUUUGCAAACUCAUUGCGACACUAUCUCAACAGUUACAUUGUGGGACCAGAACGAGAAACAGUGAUAGAAAUGGUUUUAGCUUCCUCGGAUGCAAUAAAAGGUCUUUCGCCUUCGUACCAGGCACAAACAGUCCAGAGCUACGUAUCUUCUUUGAGAAUUGCCUUUGCUUGCACAGUUUUCCUUUCGGCUCUUAUCUGGCUGGUAUCGAUCCCGCUAAAAGAGCGUCAUCUGGAACCUGAGACCAAAGACCAAGCGGCGGCGUAA